CCCAAAACCCUACCUAUUGGAGAGUAAAGCCUCUAAACCCUGAUUUCUCAUUUUAAUGGAAGACGAAGAAUCUCAAAGGGUGGUUCCAUUUCAGCUCCAAUUCGACAAACCAAUUGCAUCACAGAUAAAAAUUGCUGAAUGGAAUCCGGAAAAGGAUUUACUCGCCAUGGCUACGGAGGACUCGAAGCUUCUUCUCCAUCGAUUCAAUUGGCAGAAGCUUUGGACCACCUCCCCUGGAAAAUGCAUAACAUCGAUAUGUUGGCGCCCGGAUGGUAAAGCAAUUGCUGUGGGCCUUGAAGAUGGGAGUAUUUCGCUGCAUGACGUGGAAAAUGGGAAGCUGUUGAGAAAUAUGAAGUUCCAUAGUGCUUCUGUAGUAUGUCUCAACUGGGAGGAGGACAGAAAAAAGAUAAUGGGUGGAAACAAUGGCAAUCUGACGUAUGAAGAUCGGACUGCUCGUUUUUUCCCACCUGCUCCAAGAGUUCCUCGAACACCUGGACUUGUUCCUGGAGAUAGUAGCGGUUUCAUGGAAGAAAGCGAUGAUUCGUUUCGGGAACUAUUUGAUUCUUCACAGCAACAGUUCGACAUUUUAUGCAGUGGGGAUAAAGAUGGAAAUAUUUGCUUUAAUAUAUUUGGCAUAUUCCCCAUAGGAAAAGUUAACAUACACAAUCUUGCUCUUGGCAGCUCUAUUGCGGGAAACCCUGUGUCGUGCCGACUCAUGGAUGCUUCUAUUUGUAAGGUGGCUUUGUCAAGUGAUAUUUGUCAUACCAUCGUCCUAUGCUCUGGUGUACUUACUGAAACUGGAUCCAGAGCAAGCGUCAAUCAAAUGUCUGGAAGUAAUUUACAAGGUCUCCAUUGCUUAGUCCUAGACAGUACAAUUUUCCGGAAAAGGAAAAACGAGCUUCAACAGGUGGCUCAGCAAGCUUCCAAUGUGGAGCAUCUGAUUGAAGUCAUCAGAAGGUCGCUAGGUGUCAUGUCUAAGCAGUGGUCAGAUGCUAUGCAUGUCUACCAUGAAAAAUUCAAUGCUCUAUCCACCCUGAUUAUGGACCAUGGACUUGACUCCAGUCCUCAAGAAGAGUUUCUAAGCUUGUUGGGUGGUGCAAGGACAAGUCCUCCAGUUCAUCAAUUUUUGGUUACUUCUCUUGGAGAAGCGGGGCUCAAACGGGUUGCUAAGGCUGUUUGUGGGGCUGGAAAGGAGCUUCAGACAAUUAUGCUUGAUCAUCUACAGCCUGCUGCAGAAAUCAUUGCAUUCAGAAUUGGAGAACUAAGAGGACUUUCAAAAUGGCGUGCACGUUAUCUGUGUAUUGGAUUGGAUGAGAAGUUAAUCGAUAAUGCUACAGAAAAGGCUGGAAUGUUGCUUGUACAAAUUGAAAGAUUUAAUAGGAUUCUAUCUUCAGUGGUGCAGCAGUUUUCAAAUUUUUUCAACUGGCUUCUGAAAUGCGUCAAGGUUCUAAUGUCUGAACCAAGCGACCAACUUCUGCCCUUCAGUAGUGAACUUGUUAUCGUAUUCCUGAAGUUUCUGUACAACCAAGAUCCGGUCGGUACAUUACUGCAAGAUACUGAGUUGGAUCACUACAUUGAAGUUGACUUGGAAACAAAGCAACGAGUUGGAGAAUUGGCCCAUUUUGGAGGUUUCUCAGAUUCUGAAUACUUGACAAGAACACUGGCAAAAGAAUUUCAACAACUGGACUCUUGUUUCAAGGAGGCUUUGGAGAUGCCACUAGUCACUGUUUCCAGAAAGAUACUUAGUAAAGACAUAUUGCCACUUUUCCCAGUUCGAUCUUCACCAAAUUUGAACUCCUCUUAUUUUCCAGUAUCAGUGUCAUACUAUCAGGACACUUCUCAUUCGGCAAUAAAUCACGAAAUCACCGACGAGAGGCUAACUGAUUAUACUUCUUUUAUGAUACCUGACGAGACUUUCCCCAACAUUACAAAUUGCAUUGGCAUAGCAAGGGGUUUGGUAUAUGAUUUGGACAACUUGAAAAAUGGUCAAAAUUCACUAGAGGUGGCGCUGUUACGCAUUCCUGUUGGUUAUCAUUGUGUGGAUCUUUCUCUGUAUAAAGAAGAACAAAUUGUCUUGCUAUUAAAUGAAGUAACUGCAGCUUCUGAGAGCUCGGGUAAUGCUUGUAUGAUGAUUUUACGAGCGGCCGAUGUUUCGUUUGUGUCUAUUUCAAGAUCAUCUAUUCUCAACUCUUGGAAUUUUCAUGAACUUCAGGAUCACAUUACGUUCCUGCACUUGGAGAAUGAAAAGGUUCGACAAAUUUCUCACUCUGUGGUUGCUCCAUUGGCAGUUAGCGCAUCAAGAGGUGUGGCAUGUGUUUUUGCUGCAAGAAAACGAGCUUUGGUGUAUAUCCUAGAAGAAGAUGAAGAUGAAAUGACAGAUUCAGAGUAAAAUUACUCUUCUGUCCCUACGCAUUCGACUGCUAUUAAGGUUCGUCGUAUCUGUCUAUUCUCAAACUUUUUGUUGCAUAUAUAUAUAUUUAUUUAUAUAUCAAUUAACAUAACUUGAGUCAAUAUUGAGUUGUCAUUACCUUAGGGAUGCUCCUAAUUAUGUAUCAUUCUUAAUUUAUUGGAAUAUAGUUAAUUAAUUGAGAAACAAUUAAUGACAAUGAUAUUUUAGCGAUUUU